AUGCCGAAUCUUGACUCGAUUGCGAGAAGUACAAUGAGUAGUCCACCAACCACGUAUUCUGGACCACCACCACCAUAUUCAUCUGCUAUCUCUAUAAAUGGCUCGACACAAGGUAUACCAGGCUACAUGUCACCGCCAGAUGCUGUCUCGAAACGAUCGACGCGGGACGAAAAGGAAUCGCCUUCUGGUAUGCCGUCAUUACCUUCAAUAUUGGAAGCAUUGAAAAGCGCAGACAUGGCCCCACCAGCUCAGCCUUUCUCAUCAGUGAACCAGCACUCUGCGUCUGUUGUUCCUCCUCAAUCUUUCACAGAUGCACCACAGGGUCCUGGCAACCCAUUUUCACAACCUACAAUACCGGCUUCUGCCUUGAAGUCUUCCUUCCCACUAACAGCGGACCCGUCCCAAAUAAAAGCUGUUCCACCACCACCAGCACCGCCUGAUGUUCGGCAUCCACCAUCACUUAACCCCCUCAGCUCUCCACAACUCAAUGAGUCACAUCAGAAACUCUCAGGCCUUGCAUCGGCAGCCGUUGCCCCCCAAUCCGAUUCUGCUCCUCCACGAGCAUCCUUCUCAGCAGAUUCGACUAGGCCAGGAUAUCCUUUUCCUGAUUACUAUGGUCCUCAAGGCCCGACCACGCCCCGCAUCUCAAGUAAUUUCCAAUUCGAACAUCACAACAAAUUCGACGAUUCACGCAAUCCGUUUGUGAAGCCAGUGUCUUACAACGAGACUAUAAAAAGACACCUGGACAUUUGGGAUGCGGAACUGGCGCUGAACGAGAUUCGUGACUCAUCUGCACAAACCCUCGAAUUCGCAAAUGUUUGGAGCCAACGGUACCAUCAGGCCAAUAGAACAAGCUACGUAAAUGAUGGUAUUCCUGGAACAUCCGAAGUCGACGAAAUGAUGAGAUCUGCCCAGCACAUAAUGGACAACCUUUCACGUUUGCGUGAUGCAGCUGUCAUGCAGGAAAACGCAGUGAAUGAACAAAGGGCCCGUGCUGCUAGAGGACAGCAUCCCGACGAAGAAUACCACCAUCUGUCCGAGGAUUUCAAGACCAAUGGCUUUGCUGGAGGAGACGCAAAAAAGCGCCGGGGCAAAGCAGCACCGCCCGGAAGAUGUCAUAGCUGCAACCGAGCCGAAACACCAGAAUGGCGACGUGGGCCUGACGGAGCUCGUACCUUGUGCAACGCCUGUGGUCUUCACUAUGCAAAAUUAACAAGGAAGAUGGGAGCAAACAAAGCUGCAGUUCUUACAGGUUCGAAUUUGAGGCCUAAAAGUUUGAACGAUACACGGCCUUGA